AUGUCCAAUAAUCAAGAAGAAGACAUAACCGAAGGACUUCGACCACCAAUGGAUCAGACCUUCCAAAUGCAAGCGAUGCUAGGGGAGAUGAGGCGUAUGUUGAGGGCUGAAUUAAAACCUAUUCAUGAGAGGUUGGAUAGGGUAGAAGCGGGAACUCCUAGGAACCAGCAACAUGACAACCCCAAUAGGCAGCAAGGUGGGCGUGUUCCAUGGCGGAAUGUUGAGGAAGAGGUGGAGUCGGAGGAGGUUGAUGGACCAUAUGUGAACCGAGGCAGUUUUGAGCGUGGGUAUGGGAAUAGAGAAGCAAGGAUGGGUAGGCCUAGGAGGGAUAAUGAUUUAGGAAACAUAAAGAUUAAGAUCCCAUCUUUUCAAGGUAAAAAUGAUCCUAAAGUUUAUUUGGAGUGGGAAACUAAAAUGGAGAUGGUGUUUAAUUGUCACAACUAUUCGGAGAUAAAGAAGGUUAAGUUGGCUGCAAUUGAAUUUACUAAUUAUGCCAUUGUUUGGUGGGAUCAAUUAUUGAUUAAUAGGAUGAGGAAUAGAGAACCAUCCAUGGACACUUGGGAGGAGAUGAAAAUGCUUAUGAGGCGGCGUUUUGUACCCAAUCACUAUUAUAGGGGAUUGUAUCAAAAGUUGCAGAGCUUAACUCAAGGUUCCAAGAGUGUGGAUGAGUAUUACAAGGAGAUGGAGGUAGCUCUGAUCCGGGCUAAUGUAGAAGAGGAUCGGGAAGCCACCAUGGCUACGUUCUUGCAUGGUUUAAAUCGUGAGAUUGCAGAUAUAGUUGAGAUGCAGCACUGUGUUGAAUUGACGGAUAUGGUGCAUCAAGCCAUAAAGGUGGAGGAACAAUUCAAACGAAAGGGAUUGGCUAGGAGGGGACAACCUAUGGCUACCACCAGUCCAUGGAAGAUAGCUCCAAAAAGGGACAAGCAGCUACAAAAUAAGCCAAAAUUUGAACCAUUUAAGAGUGCCAACUCAAAGACCACUUUAGGUAACACCGAGGCUUCGAGUUCUAAAACACGUGAUAUUAAGUGUUUUAAAUGUCAAGGGCGGGGACACAUAGCCAGCCAGUGUGUAAACAAAAGGGUGAUGGUGAUAAAUGGUCAAGGAGAGCUUGAGUCGGAGAAUGAGGAAGAAGUAGAUGAUGAUGACGUGCCAUCUUUGGAGAAUGUCGAUGAUGAGCAAAAUGCUGUGGUUGGAGAUUUAUUGGUAGCAAGGCGAGUUCUUAAUGUGCGGGUUAAGGAGGAAGAAAGUAAUCAAAGGGAGAACUUGUUUCAUAUUCGGUGCUUUGUAAAUAACAAAGUUUGCAGUGUCAUUAUCGAUGGAGGGAGUUGCACAAACAUAGCCAGCACUUAUUUGGUGGAAAAAUUGGCCUUAACUACCUUGAAACAUCCUCAACCUUACCGGCUUCAGUGGCUGAAUGAAUGUGGCGAAAUCAAGGUGACAAGACAAGUGUUGGUGGCAUUAUCCAUUGGCAAAUAUGAGGAUGAGAUGCUAUGUGAUGUGGUUCCCAUGCAUGUGUGCCAUGUAUUGUUAGGAAGACCAUGGCAAUAUGAUCAGAAGGUUACACAUGAUGGAUUCACAAAUAAGUAUUCUUUCAUUCUUAAAGGGCAACCUAUUACUCUUGUGCCAUUAACUCCUAAACAGGAGUUUGAAAAUGUCUUUCUCGAAGAGGUACCUCAUGGUUUACCUCCAAUUCGAGGGAUUGAACAUCAAAUUGAUUUCAUACCUAGUGCAUCAAUUCCAAACCGACCUGCUUAUAGGAGUAAUCCCGAGGAGACCAAGGAACUUUAG